AUCGGUUGUAGGUUACAAUAUUUCCCUAUUUUUCUUACAAACCAUCGUGUCAAAAUAUGGACGAUACUUUAGGAGUCUGUCCAUUCAGGGACGAGUUUCGCAAGAGUUUAUCAACCGGCUUGCAGAACUGUUGAAUAUUUUGGAUACUCAGUGUAAUCACCUCGAGGACUUCAAUAUUAUAGUAUAUGAGCAAACACCUGGAAUAUUGGAGUUAAAUCCGCCUAGCUUUAGUCACAUACUUUCCAGAAGGCGUUCGAGAUCUUUGAAGUUGACCUGUUCGGCGCCUUUGAUAACUUUUUUAGAACCGUUCUACUUUUCUACACAAAUUGAAUCAGCAGACGAUUCUUCCCGGAUAACCAAUCGUAUAACACGUGCACACUUAUCUUUCGAAGGCCUUUCUGACAUAUGGGUUUUGCGGUUGAUAAACACUUGCAGCCUUUUACAAGAAUUAGUUCUGGAGAGAAAUUAUAUUGAUGACAACAUCGAGAUCACGGAUGAAACAUUGAACGGAUUGUGCACACUUUCCGAAUUAAGUUCCCUCGCGUUUAUAUCAAAAUGUAACGUCCCUCUAACUGAAUUAUUUACAAUCACAAGCUGGAAGAGAAUGUUGAGUGGCACACCUAAACUGAAAAAGAUCGAUAUAUCAGGACUCAGUCUGUUUUUUGCCGCCAGAGCAUUGCCUUUGAUUGCCGAAAGUUACAGAUCGCGACCAUUAUGGUUAAAACACACAAGUCAGUUGGAAUGUUUCUCUCCUUCAAAGGAAUAUGCACAAGAACUUGCAAACUUAAUAAGAUCUUGGUUUUGGAGGCGAGUUACUCAACGAAAGAACAAAAUCCUUAGAACUUAUCGAGAGACAUUUUAUAGAUUUGGAAAAUUUUCGUACUUGGAAGAUAUCAAGACGCAAAUGGCCCAUUGGACUUUAUGA